GAGGGAGAGAGAGGGGGGAAGGACGCAGAAUGGCGACCGCGCAGUGCCCCAGAUGCAGGAUAGAAAGAAAAGGGUUUCGACGGGAACUUGACUCUUGGCGACACAAAUUGAUACACUGCGUUGGGUUUGAAAGCAUCCUGGAAACUAUCUUUGGCCAGACGCCGCCGAGAGACCUCAAUGUGUCUGAUGACUGUGAACCCGAAGUGGUGGAUGAUUGGUCCCCAGAAGCAAGCUGCUCUCAUUGUUCAUUCUGCAACCUUCCCCUGGACAAACUCAGUGAUCAAGCACCGGCAGCCACAUCUCCCCUCUCCUCCCCCUCUGAUUACUCUCCCUGUCAGGCUCCAAGCAUCUCUGAGAGCAGCCAGUCAGCUCACAGGUUUCUCCAAGCUGUGUUUCACAAGAAAGAUGUUCCCCUGGGCUGUGACUCCAGCAUCCCUCUAGUUGCCCAGGAGCUGAUGAAGAAGAUGAUAUAUCAGUUUGCCACGGAUUAUGCAUCCAAGUGUCGCCCCCACACCAGUACAAAUGGUGUAACAACAAGGACCUCAUCACCUUUGUCAGAAACAUCAGACGCCCCUCUGGACCUCACAGUGAGCCGAACCCAGGAGGGGAAAGAGAGUGAGCCUAAACUAGUAACAGAUGGCGUGCUCGACCUCUCCAACAGGAACUCUGCCUGCUCAGCAACUUCAUCAUCAUCAUCAUCAUCAUCAUCUAAUCAUAAAGACUCUGGCUCCCUGCCUUCAUUUAUACAAGACAUGGGACAGCGAGGGAAUAAGUGUCAUCAGAGCUCUGCGUGGGAUGCUGUUCUCAGCUCACUCUGCCCAGCACACCGUUCCUUACUCUACCAGAUCGUGAAGCUGGCACAGCAGGAAAAAUUGUUUAAUCACAGACCGGCCGAUCAGACUGAAUCUUACUGCUAUCCCUGUGAUGUAAACCCAGAGGAUAAUGUCACCCCUCAUGCAGUCGUACUUAGUGAAUGUAAAGCCCAUAACAGCAGCCCAUACUACCCUUUAAUGGACUGUGAUCAUCAAGGUCAUGGCAGCACAAUGUACCAUCCAGGAGAAUCCAAGUCCAGCUGUAGCUCCCAUCUCUUCCCUUUAAAAGACUGUAGAAGUGAAGGUUCUCUGGAUUCUAGCUGCUGCUGUGUGCAGCGGUGUAGGAUGGAAACCUACUCUGUUCUGUGUCCCAAGAGGCUGCACUGCAUUUCCUGCCAAAGGCCGGUUGUAGGUCAUAUCAACAACAGUGUGUGUUCAUUUACAUCCUCUGCUCCAUUAUCCAAAUCCCAUUCACGGUGCACUCCCACCUCUAGUUUAUGUCCUUCCUCAUCGAUCUGCUGUAAUCAGCACAUCAGCCACUCUUGUCCCUGUUAUUCAAACCAUGCCUGUGUGAUGCAGGUCAGGAACACAAUAGAGAGAGGGGUUGGAGAUGGAGAUCCUCCUUGUCCUGUCCUGAAAAGAGAACAGAGCCCCUCUCCUCCUCCCCUUUCCCCUAUCCCCUCCGACAUUAGUAAGAAAACCAAUGAAAAGCCACCCUCCCUUCAUCACCAUAGACAAGAACAGGAAACUGACGCAACUGUUAAAAACGGUCUUGUGAAUGAAAGCCAACACGAAGGAGGCACUGGUGCCGCUACAGAAGAGGAGCUACAGUGUAGGAUCCCCAGAAGUUGUCAGGCUGGGCAGAACCCAAGCGGGACUUUACUGCAAGAUGUUGUGAAUCGCUUCAGUAAGAAACUGGAUACAAUCGAACCUCAAGAGAAGGACCGACCUCCAGUUUCCACAGCCGUUAAUGUUUCUGAACAGGAGCAACUGCAGUCUCCCUCGACCAGCCAGAACCCGCAGGUUCAUGCUGAUGCCCAUCUGACUGAAAUCAUCACCAAAGUGCUUCACGAAGACAGUGGUAGUGACUACAAUCUCAGUGAGCUGUUCAAUCGCCAUGAUAGCAAAGAGCCCAAGUCACCUAAUACCCGCUUCCGACGUCGCCAGGAAGUCCUUGCUGCUAUAGCGACACCUGCUGAUGACUCUUCAACCAGGAGGCAUACCUUACAAAUUAAGCGUGAGUUUGCCAUGCUUGAUCAGUCCUGCAAUAGGAGAAAGUUACCACCAACAAAGAGGGCAAGAUUGAGUGAUGGAAAGGUUACUAUAACUACAUCAUGCACUUCAUCAGACUCAAAAGAAUUUAAACGUGAGUCCAUAAGAGAAAUAGAGGUAGGUGUAGAACUUGUAGAGAAUCAUAGAGUUGGGGAGGAACCAGUGAACAUGCUCUCUGAAGAAAGUGACAGGGAUGAAGUAAAAGAUAACAUACAGACAGUUAUAGUAACAGAAGACUUUCAGAUCGUUAAAGCAGAGGAGAAAGAAAGGGAAAUAUCCAGUGAGGAAAAAGAUCUUACUCCCUCAGUCACUCAAAUAUCCACACCUGAGCUGCAGAGCAUGUAUGGCAGACAAGACUCAGGGGGUCACAGUGCACUAACACAGGAAAUGACAGCAACUGCAACCUUAACAAAACAGUGUGGCAGGCCCUGUAAAGAAGAUGGGAAGGUUAGCAGUGCUGGAAGUGAUAACCAUGAAGAAGUCCUAUCAGGUAUCACUAUCAGCUCUGAUAGUGACAACAGACCAGGUAAAGGUAAAGAUUGCCAUAGUCCUGUUAGAGAGAGGCAGAAAUGUCAAUUGGAUCACUCCAAGGAAGCAAAGAGAUCCAGGAGAAACAUAGUUCCUCCACAGUGGUUUGCGUCCUUUGUCACUGAGCCAAGGAAGAUGUUUGUUGCAUGUUCUCCUGGCAAAAUCUUUAGCCAGAGAACAAGAAAGGACAAGGUUUUGUCACCUAGCACUUUUGAUGCCUCAUCUAAAGAUCCACGUGCUAAUGACACCCAGCUUGAAUCAACAGAUGAAGCCCCCCUGUCCUCACCUGAGCACACAGAGAAGCUUGCCUUUGAAUCAGGUCCAAUAGAACAAAGUGGACCAUCUUACACAGAGUCAAAAACUGUGGCUGCCAAAGAGAAGAGUACGACAAAACACAGCUCAAGCAUUAGGCCAGAUGGCAGCGACUCUGCUGUCAAGCCUUUUGGAAGACUACGAUCAUCUCUAAAAAGACCACAGAUCUCAAAGUCAUCUUCAGGAAUACCCGAAAAGUCCUCAAAUAGGAAUGUCACCAUUGAGUCUGCUCCCUGUGUUGAGAACCCUCCUAACUCCCAAGUCCAGUACACCAGUUCAAUUAAACUCAUGUUUGUAUCACCAGUAAAGGAUAAGGAAGGAGUUAGAUAUAGUCUCAAAUCAGCAGGCUCGGGUUCGAGUGCACAAGGAGAGGAACCCUUUGACCCAUGUAUAGCAUCUUCAUGGUCAGGGACACCUGAGAAACAUAAAACCCAGAGCAGUGAGUCUCCUACUUCAAAAGUAAAAUCUAUCUCCUCACCACUAAAGUCCGCUAUCUCACCCAUAAGAUCUGCUUGUUCACCAGCCAAGUCCACUUCUUCACCAGCCAAGUCUGCCUCCUCAACACCGAAGUCAGUUUCUUCACCGAGCAAGUCUACAUCUUCACCACAAAAGUCAACUUCAUUGCCAGGCAAGUCUGUGUCUUCAUCACACAAAUCGGCUUCUUCGCCAAGCAAAUCUGCAUCUUCAUCACACAAGUCAGCUUCUUCGCUGAGCAAGUCUGUGUCUUCACCACACAAGACUACUUUGCCGAGCAAGUCUGCGUCUUCACCACACAAGUUGGCUUCAUCGCCAGGCAAGUCAGCGUCACCUCACAAGUCUGCAUCUUCGCCUCACAAGUCGGUUUCUUCACCAAGGAAGUCUGCGUCUUCAUCACACAAGUCAGCUUCUUCACCAAGGAAGUCUGCCUCUUCGCCAUACAAGUCGGCUUCUUCACCAAGCAAGUCUGUGUCUUCAUCAUCCAAAUCUGCCUCUUCACCCAGGUCAGCUUCCUCAUCACCUAAAAUAGGUUCCAGAAGAUCAGGUGAAGGUACUCCAACUAAGCGUGUAGCUGGAACUGAGGGCCAGAGAUCACCAUGUGACUUAUCUUUUCAUGAAUCCACUCCUCCAAAAAGGCGUCCGGGUCGGCCAAAGAAGCUGGGACCACAGCUGGAGCAAAAAGUGAAGAGGCCAAUUGGUCGACCACGCAAGCAGCAGGCUGUGGAUUCAGUAACUGGGGCAAAAGCAGUAAGUGGAAAAUCUGUUUUAGCAUCUGACACUGAGGAGAAUGUAAACAAGAACCUCAAAAUAACAGUUGUGUAUGGCCGUUCAAGGAGAAACAAACGAAUGGUGUCUGAGGGCUUUGACCAGCUACAAACAGAAUUCAAUGAUGCUUGGCAAGCAGUGGGCUUUAAAAGUGGCUUGGGCAUUUUAAUGCACAACUCUACAACCAGCUCAGGUAGUACUGAAAGCGGCUCAACAGAAUUGUCUGAGUUCACUUUUGUCAGCCCUGUGAAAGAGUCUGCCCCUCAGUCCAGCAGUAACAUCAAAUGUCAGAAGCGGGAUGAUUCUGCACCCUCAAGGAAGCCAGGUAGACCUGCAAAAGUUAAAAUCUCUGGAAUCUCAGUCACAGUAACAACAGUGUCACCUCGGCAACGCAAAAUUCAGAUAAAUAAGGAUGCUCGGCAGUCUCCUGAAACACUAAUUCAUAAGCAAGUACUUCUGCCAGAAUUCAAAUCUGCCAAGGAGCCCUGGACAAUCAGUCAUCAGCCUGCAAACAAAAGCAGUCAAACAGAGAAAGGAAUAGAAACAAAGGAUGAAAAUGAAGACAAAUUGCCAAAUCAGGCUGUAGCAGUACGUCACUCAAUGAGAGUGAGAAAGCCGUCGAUCCACUUUCUGCACGCUGUUGCCACAUCCACCUCUAGAUCAUACAGCCAUAGCAACGCUCUGCUACGGCGCUCUAAACAACUUUUGCUAAACAAAGCCAACAAUGAAAGGAGAAAGGAGGAGCAACAGAGUAGUGUAGAAACUUCAGGGGGAAAAAGACAGCUCUUUGGACAAGACAAGAGGAACAACUCUCAGGACCUGAGCAGAGUAGCAAGGGUGUCUGUAGACUCAAUCUUUACCCCAAAAGAGACGCUAAGAUGGUGGGCAGCAUCAACUGAGGAGAAGACAAUGAACCAGGAGCUUGCUAGGCGAAUACGACUCAUCUCUGACACCUGGGUCUCAGACACUGUGGAGAACCAAGAAAAAGAAAUUGCCUUUAAUUCUAAAUUAGGCACUAAAGGCAAUAAUUCAUUUACCAGGAAGUCAAAACAUUCCUCUGUGGUUCGAACACUGUUUGAUUGUCCUCCUAACAAACCAAGGUCCUGUAGCAUGCAGCAGCUCUGCUCCUGGUUCAUGCAGACCACAGAGACACAGUCUCUGGCUAUCGUCAAGAAGGCAAGCUCUCGUAACCCGUACGAACUUAUGCACUUCCCUUGUUCUGCCAAUAAAAAAAGUGUUUGCCACAGUCCUCAGGCAGAGCGACUCCGCAAACACAUCAAGAAGUUUGCCAAAACUGUGCCAAAAAGUCCUUUGCAACAUCAGCAGGCUCAGAGAAGGCUGAGGAAGAGGAAUAACGCACCUCUACAAACAAAUUUUAGGCGACAACUUUUCACUCCCAGUUUUGCAACAGGCAGGCUCAGUCAAAGAGUCCAGUGUUGGGGAAGCAGAGCAUUUAGAAAAUACCAGGGCACUCUAUUUAGAGCAAGGACAAGGUUCUUAACCCGUACAGAGAGGGAGAGGUGGCGAAAGAGGAAGAGGAAUAAGAAAAACAUUAAGGUAGCUACAAGUUUUUCAAAUGGACAUGCAGUAACUGGACUACAACCAAAAUGCAAAGCAUUACGCAAAUCAGAAAAAGAUCAGUUAUCUGGCUGUUUGGAGAACAGUUCUGCCACCAGUUCUGUUGACCAAACUCAGGAGCCUGUGGAUGAACCCAAAGAGCAGAACCUCUGCUCAAAAGCCUGGAGUCCCGAGACACUGAAGGAAUGUCGGGUGUUUCUGAGGAAGAUCAACUCUCCAGACAAUGAAUCAACUGAGGAAGAGUGGGACUCCUGUACUGUGACACUGGAUGAUGGGUCACCCUCUGCAUACGUAUUUGCAGGAAGGGCGAGGGAACUGGUAGGAGUUGUUAAAGCUGUGAAAAAUGAAAGGAAAAGGAGCAUGAAUCAGAGGACUGCCUCCAGGGAGCCGGCGGGUUCUGCACCUAAAUCAGUCCAGGAGCAGAAUGAGAUGCCAGUGGGGAGGCAGAAAGGCAAAUACAAAAGUCCUGGGGUUGUGUCUACUGAACUACCACAGCCACCACCAGCGAAAAUGUUGAGACAAUCGCGAAUGAGGGGCCUAACCGGGCCGAGAUGGUGUGACUUUGUGUUUGAAAACUAAAUGAAGCAUGAGGCCUCCUCCUUCCUGGGAAAGGGACUGUGGUUUAACGUGGUGCCUUUGGACAUUGAGCUGACCACGUGGACUGACCAUCCCACUAUGGUUCAGUCUUACACUCAGCAAUUAUGUAGCAGUCUAACUUAACAAAAGCUUGAUGUUGCACUAUUUUUAUCCAUGGAUAUGUAUGUACAGAAUGUUUGAUUUCUUUUUUUUUUCUUCAGCUUGCCUUUGUCUUUCUGAACGUGUUUAGAAGAUCAAAUCAUUGCAGAGUUUUAAUGGGUUAAGUGCUGAUUUGGAAGGAAAGACAAAGCUUGACCGCAUAAAGACAAUGCCACCCCCUCCCCUCCCCAAAAAAACUCAUACCUGAUUAUUAAGGCCAUCACCUCCAGAUAAUCUGAAACCAGUAAAAUUUGUAAAAUUCUUUUUAAUUGUUAUUGUACAGCACUAAAAUGUUCCCCAAAAUUAUAAUUUUUCUCAAGCCCAGCCUUGUUUGCUACAGUCACUAUUGUUAUAUUGCAAGCCAGUAGCCAAAAACAUGCCUUGAAUGAAGGAUUUUUAUUUUUUUUUACCCCUUCACGAUAUGUGUAUGGGCCCUAAAUAUACAAUCCUGUCUUGAAUUAAUUGGCCAUCAGUCUGUACUAAAACCAAAUAUUUUUUCUCAUUCUUUUAAAGUAUUCUUCAAACAAUAUUUUUGUUAGUCUCAGCACCAAACCACAAUUAGCACAAACUUACCAUGUUCUAAAUGACAUAUUCUACCCAAACGAGCCACAAAAUCCAGAGGUAUGUACGAAGUAAUGAAGGAAGUGGCGUUAUGCAGUCGUAGAAAAUAGAUUGAUUCAUUUGUCAGUUUGUUGGAUCUGACUUGUUUUAAUUCAUCUGUCUUUGAUUGUCUUGUUUUCACCCAAAGCAUAUGCUGUAUGUCAGUGUCAGAUCCACUCCUUGCACUAUUCCAUCUGAGAUCAUUAAUCCCACUACACAGUUUCCUCCCCCAUAUUUUGCACAUCCCAUGUCCCACUACCAUCCCCUACUGUAAAACUAGAGAAUCUAUUUGGUGCAAUACAAACCCAGAUGAUUUAUCAGUAUGUAGUAAUUAUUUUAUUGCUGACAGACGAAUGGAUGUACACAAGUACCAAUGGCCUGGGAUGUUACUUCAGUUGUUUCCAUAGCCAUGUAAUGUGAUCUUAAAGGAUAUUGCUAUACAAACUUAGUUUUUUUCCCCCCCACCUGCCCAUUUCUCCUCAGUGAAGCAGAUAAAUAACAGAUCAUUAAUUGUUAUAAUAGCAUUAAAUUGUUUUAUCAUAAACAUACAAGCAUUAUUUACUGUUUAAAUGCAGGUGGGAGAUGUGUUGCUGUUAAGGUUUCCCUAGGGUUCCUGUUGUGUUCUUGUUUUUUUCUUCCUCAAGUUGCAGCAAGAGACGCCUACCUCCACUGGGGCUCAGCUAGGCCUACUGCUCUUUCGCUUUUCAGUCGCGUGAUAGACAGGGCCAGAGUUGAUUGGUAAACACUAAUCUUGGAUCAAUAUGUUAGACCCAAGAUGUCUGGCUGUAGGUCAAAAUUCAAACCUGUAGUGUGUAUUGUGUGCCUGACUACCCUUGUAUGUAUGUCACUAUGGUUGCCAUUUCAGCAGGAGGGAGGUGGGGUCGCCCAGUAUUGUGAGAAAUAACCCUUGGCCCUCUGUUGAAGAACCUGGUGCUAAACAUCUGUUGUAUAUUUUCUUUAUGUGUUUUUAUACGGUCCAUUACAGAUGCAACAAACAGGCGUCUGUAAUUGGAACAAUAAAGAGUCUUUUGAAA